UUGCACUUUGUGUAUAAAUAAUUAAACUAACAGCCUGUUCCACGAUAUCGAAAGAACACGUUCGCACAACUUUUACACGACAAACAGCUGAUUUCCGUUCCACUAAAAUCCAUCAGAACGAAAAUUUGCACGAAAAUCAAUGCGAAAGAAAACGUAAGCGUUUCAGUGUAAUUUUGCGUUCCACUAUCUUUUUUCUUUCGUACGCAUGCGAACACAAAUGUCAAAAUCAGUCACUUGUGUGUUUGCUGUCGUACGAUAACAAUUAAGGAAAAUCUGUUUUAACAUAAACAUUGCUUAAUUGAAAAUGGAAACAAAAAUCACGAAAAAAUCAUCAACUACACAGCUGCGGGCACUAGUUGAGUAUAUGGAGGAGAAUCCCGAGUUCGCCAGAGGAGUGCCAAUUUUUGGAAGCAGCAGGCAAUCCCUGGAAGACCAUUGGAAGAAGUUAGUUUUUAAAUUAAAUACCAUGGGUCCUCCUUCCCGCACAAUUGCAGAGUGGAAAAAGACGUGGGCCGAUCUAAAGUCCCGCACCAAAAAGAAAAUUGCGGAAAAUAAAAAAGGGCUGCAAGGUACAGGUGGUGGUUUAUACCGGUUUGAGUGCCUAACGGAGCUGGAAACAGCAAUUGACCGGACACUCUUCUUGUCGAAGUCCGCAGCACCAAGUGGUAAAACUUUUGGCUACGCGGACGAAAUAGAUUACUGCUUCGAGGCAUUGGAUACAACACCAUCAAGACCUUCCAAGACCGUAGCAGUGGUAACACCUACCAGGCAGUUCAGCUCCCCAGAAUCACAUACCCAACAACAACAAAUAAACGCACAAACCUGUACCAUCACAACUCAACAAUACCAACCACCAGCCAAAAGACAAAAAAUCUUACCCCAUCUCUACACACAAACUGCAAAACAACAGACACAGUCAGCACAUACACAACAAACACAGAAUGGCAGAUUGUGCCGAGGCCCAAACAAAAAUGCUUAAAUCAAUAGAAUCAAUUCUAUCAACUUUUUUGCAAAACAAUUCACAAAACAAUUCACUAUAGUCCUUUUAUAAUAAUUUAAACUAAUUUUUUAAUUUAAUUUAUUUAAUUUUAUUUUAAUAAAAAAAUUCUUUAAUUUUAUAAAUUUAUUGCAAUUUUUCUCCUUAUUGCGUCAGCUCUGCUUUCAAGAUCAUUAUUGUCAUCCACUUCGUCUUCCAGGUCAUCAUCAAUAACAUCACCUGGCGGCUCUUCAGAUUGGUAGUGUAUGCACAUGUUGUGCAGCGCACAACAUGCAUUUAUAAUUUGCACUACCUUUGCAGCGUCAUAAUGAAGGCCCCGAGAUCCGAUGAUACAUCGGAAUCUGUUUUUUAGGACCCCAAAGCACCUUUCAAUGACGUUACGCGCACUUGCUUACGAUCUAUUUGUCUGACCGGCAUUACUAUUUGCAGACGUGGGCCGAUCUAAAGUCCCGCACCAAAAAGAAAAUUGCGGAAAAUAAAAAAGGGCUGCAAGGUACAGGUGGAGGUUUAUACCGGUUUGAGUGCCUAACGGAGCUGGAAACAGCAAUUGACCGGACACUCUUCUUGUCGAAGUCCGCAGCACCAAGUGGUAAAACUUUUGGCUACGCGGACGAAAUAGAUUACUGCUUCGAGGCAUUGGAUACAACACCAUCAAGACCUUCCAAGACCGUAGCAGUGGUAACACCUACCAGGCAGUUCAGCUCCCCAGAAUCACAUACCCAACAACAACAAAUAAACGCACAAACCUGUACCAUCACAACUCAACAAUACCAACCACCAGCCAAAAGACAAAAAAUCUUACCCCAUCUCUACACACAAACUGCAAAACAACAGACACAGUCAGCACAUACACAACAAACACAGAAUGGCAGAUUGUGCCGAGGCCCAAACAAAAAUGCUUAAAUCAAUAGAAUCAAUUCUAUCAACUUUUUUGCAAAACAAUUCACAAAACAAUUCACUAUAGUCCUUUUAUAAUAAUUUAAACUAAUUUUUUAAUUUAAUUUAUUUAAUUUUAUUUUAAUAAAAAAAUUCUUUAAUUUUAUAAA